CAAGGUUCUCAUGACCGUUCACAGAAGCAGCUGCACGAAAGCCCUGCUUCAGAACGCGGAAAUAUGUCACCGAAUCUGCUCGUAUGCGCCACGAGGAACCCUCUCUCGUUUGGCAUGUGUCUCUAAAUCCUGGGAGGAGCGCGCAAGCCCCAUUCUAUGGCAUGAGCUACCCUCCUUGGAGCCUCUCCUUCGUCUGGUCACUGAGAAGUUGUGGGCGGGAAUGGUCGUGGCAUGCUACAAGACGAAGGACGACCAUAAGGGCAAGAGAUGCCAGGGAGCAGCGGCUGCUAUGGGCCCAGAGAAAUGGCUCAACAUCAUAGAGUCGAUAAAUGCGAGACCACGAACCCUCGGCAAGUUGGUGCGCAGGCUCACAAUAGAUAUUCGCGAGCUCCUGACUGUGCCACCCUACGCUCUGGCCAAGGAUAUCCACGCUCCCAGGGGAUGUCGAGGGGGCUUGCCUGACCCCCUUCUUCCUUGCGUGCGUCAGUUGGUCAUCAUCGGAUCUCCUGCCCCAGAUCCACAACGCACCCUUAAUGCAUGGCCUCGCCUCUUCCCAGACUUAAUCGACACCGUCAAGGUUCAACGCGCAACGCCUGAGGUCGUCCGCACUGUGCUUCUGAGCUUACGUGCGCUUGAACACUUUUGUAUUCAGGCCACGGAGGAUCUCUCUUCGCCGUUGUCAUCUCUGCCGCGCGCCCCUGCUGUCAUCUACGACCUCGAUUUGACCGCACCGUAUGGCAAAGCAGGCAUCGAGGGGCUAGCUCAGGCGAAGAAGCUGGAGAAAUUGUCCUUCGUGAUUCUGGGGAGUGCGAUGGACGGCCUGCCUCGUCUUCGCAAGGGCGGCUUCUGUGACUUGCAAUAUCUGGAAAACACAUUCGAGCAACCAGAAUUCCCCGCAGUCAAACUAUCGCAGGCAAUAAUCGACUCCAUAGACCACUCAAGGCUUCGAAGUAUCAUCCUCAAGGACAUCGGGAGCGCCACAGCUGACGAAUUUCACGACCUGCUCAACGCCGUCAAGCGGACCUGCGACCCUCGGGCACUCAAGACGUUAGUUAUCCAGCGCAGGAAAAGCAUCCUUCCGUUGUGUAUCGACUGGUUACUUAGCAUGUCGCAGCUCAGCCUGCUAGCCGACUUCUGUGGCUUCGAGAUGCUCGUGCUCGACGUGGCGAGCGGCGUGGCUCUGUCCCGCAAGGAUUGCGAGACUGUAGCCAAGUGGUGGCCGGAGCUGCAUACCCUGCGCCUCAGCUCGAUGCGCAGUAAAUUGCACCGGGCCUGGAUCUCGCUGGCGUGCGUGGCGGCGCUCGCAAAUAAUCUCCCAGAAUUGCAGACCUUAGCGCUUACCGUCGAUUCACGCGAUACGCGCUGGUCAAUGCAGCCUGCGAAUUCGGCAGCGUCGAAACCUCCACAUCUGUCGACGUUGGACGUGGGUGACUCGCCUAUGGAUCCGGACAACGUGGACCAAGUUUCGGGCUUCUUGAAGACUUCCCUUCCCCUUCUUUCCCGUUUGCUGCAUUGCUCGACCAACGAACGGCAGUCGAACGCAUGGAAUGCGGUGGCGCGGAGAGUCAUACCCUCGGUCGCGGUGGAGGCUGCUAAGCCUGGCGUGCGUCGUGCCGCUGCGGUUAAGCCAGCGUUCGCGCAGUUGGGCACUGCUACGAAGCCGUCAUCGACCAUCAAGGCAGUGCAGGUGGAGAAGAACGAACAGAAGAGACCACACAAUGCGACCGCUUCGCCUUUAAGAGAUCCCCUGCCUACCGCCCCUAGAUCUUCCCCUGAGUCCACCAGCGUAUCCAGUGCUCAUCUCCCACCGCGAAGCGGUAACGCAUUCAUGGCAUCAUCUUCCUCCGCGCCGCGCAUUGCUGAGCUCGCACUCAAAGUGGAAGAGCAC